CCUUUAGCCGCGCGUCACUUGCCGCCUGGCUCCAGUACAACAGGCUACGUAGUUCAGAAUUUCGUCGGCCGUCUGCUGAAACCGAUUUCCAGCGUUAUCUCUCGCGGCUCUGCUGCCAUUGGAAUUGCGCGCGUCACGUAUAGUGCACCACCGGGACCGAGACGUUAGUGUGUACCGAUUCCUCGUGGAGUACCAUCGUCGGCGUACAACGAUCCAGAAGGCAGAAUGAAGGUCCUAGCAGCAGUGCUGCUGACCGUCCUCUUUGUCGGAUUCGUCUUUGCUUCGACUACGCCCACAUCGCGAAGCAAUACCGAAGCGUCAUUCCCGGCAGACUCUCAGCAUGAUACAAAGAAAACCAGCGCGACGUCGGGGAAAUCCGUCUCCACCUCACACACAAAUAUCUUCAUGAGGAGCAAAUCGACGCCUCUCGCGAGAUUGGAAGAGGAAACUACGGCGACCGAUGACGAGGAUUCUUUGCUCCUUGGGGACCCGAAGAGAUUCCUGAGUCCGAAGGACAUGCUUAUGCAAGAAAUCCAAACCUUGGACGAAGAGGUUUCGAAUGCCAAGACUCAAGAAGAAGUUGAGAAAGCAUUCAGAGCCGAAGCCCAAAGGUACAAACCAGUUGCUACGAGAAGCAACAGCACCACGGACGCCAGUGCUAUCAAAAAAUUAUUAGACGCCGAGAAUGGAACCUACGACGACUUAACCGAGGAAGAAGAGAACGAAAGCCAGGAUACGUACGACGACGAUGACGACGAGUUCGAAGACGACGAGCAAGUGCUAACAGGGUGUCCGGAUUACUGUAAAUGUGCUGGAGAAUACGCAGCUGCAACGACUGCAACAUGCAACAAAUUCGUGGAGGACCAAACGUUCGGCACAGGUGUCGCUCAUCUGCGCAUCGAGCACGCCGAGCCGAUUUCGCUCGGUCCCCAUGCGCUUCGAUCCCGAGGCCUCCAGCACUUGGAAUCGAUCAAGAUCACGCACACGCAGAUCGUCGAGCUGGAUCAAACCGCAUUCGACGGCGUGGUGUACUUGUUCGCUGUUAAUCUGACCCACAACGGCCUGCAAGAGCUUCCUCCGAAUCUGUUCCAAAACAACUCGCAGCUCACGUUACUGUCGAUCUCCCGAAACCCGUUAAAACACACCCAAGACCCGAGAUCAGCAAAACAUGGCUUGUUCGAUACUCCGUCCGUCACUGAAUUCGAUUUCUCUCAUAACGGUUUGACGAAGCUGAGACGGAACGCCUUCGCGAAGAUGCCCAGCCUGCUCUACAUCAAUCUGCGAAAUAAUAAACUCAAGGAGAUCGACAGCGCGGUCUUCAACACGCUCAAAGCGCUCGCUGAUGUGGACCUUUCGAACAAUCUGCUGAACGAGAUCCCUGCCGAUUUGCUGUAUGACAAGAGAGUGGAGAUAUUCAACGUUGCCGGUAAUAACUUGACUACAUUGUCCACGAUUCAUGCGUCAGAAUUGCGACAGUUGGAUGUGUCCCAUAACAAAAUCAGGGUGAUACCUAAAGACGGUCUGAUCGGUGUGCCGCUAUUGGAGCAACUGACGCUCCGUUCGAACGAGAUCAGGUCGAUUCAUCCGUCCGCUUUCGCUGACCUCGAGAUGCUUAUCUAUAUCGAUCUUAGCAACAACAAAUUGACUUCCUUGAAGGAGAGCCAUCUGGCAGGAAACAGGAGAUUGCAAGUGGUUCUGCUGAACGACAAUCCUGGUUUGGAGACCUUGCCUGUUUUCAAGACCCGCAACGAAUACGACGGUUACAGUAUUUACCGUUUCGAAUGCUCGAACUGUGGCUUGUACACAAUCCACGAAGAAACCUUCAGGCAUAUGCCAGUAUUGCAACGACUGAACCUGUCCAAGAACCGUUUAGCGACCCUGCCAGAUGGACUUCUGCGGGAUCUCGUCUCUUUGAAAACUCUCGAUAUUUCCGACAACAUAAUCAGCGUGCUGCAGAACAACAUGUUCAACGGUGCCAGCGGCCUGGCGAAGAUUAGUCUCGCUGGCAAUCCUUUGGAGAAAUUGCAAGUGACACCAUUCUUGGCGACUCCCAAUCUUUCCAAGCUGGACGCGAGCAGAUGCGCCUUGGAGAGAGUUUGGAGCGAGGCUAGAGUUCCUCUGGAGAGCUUGAGAUCCUUGUCAGUCCGCGAGAAUCUCUUGCGACGAAUCACCGUAGAGGAAUUGAAUGCGACACCGAAAAUUGUUGGCAUCAAUUUAGCGCAUAAUCCACUGGAUUGUGAUAACGAGUUCACCGAGGCUAUUCAAUGGCUCACGGAUCGUGGAAUCUCGACGAUGGAACCAUUCAGAUAUCUUAAUGAUUACGCAAACGGGGAUAAUAAUCAAGAUAACGAAGGUAUCAGUCACUGGACUGAUCUGGCGAAUAUAGUCUGCGAUGGCGUGAGCGAUGAUGGACCACCGAACAGAAACAUCCCGCACUUAAAGAACAAAGUGAAAAAUAUGCUUGACGAGCUUGACACAUCGAAAGAUUCUGACUCUAUUUUGCGCAAACAAAACGAUGAGCAGGAGCUGCUGAAACUGUUGGACGAUCGAGAUAUGCGAUCGGACGAGGAGGUGGAGAAGGCAUGGACCACUCAGGACCAGGAAUACGAAGACUUUGUAAGAGAAGGAAGUACGGAGCACCAUCCUUGGUACACAAGCGCCGUUUGGCCCGUGGUGACGCUCGUGAUCAUGACGGUGAUGUUCGUCUCCAUCGCGAUACACGUUGUUUUUUACGCGCCGAAACGACGCGGCGGAAGCCCCGUGAUCAGGCCGCCGAUGAUGCUGCGUUCGGGGUUGAUCGAUAACAAGAACUGCGGACUGGUCUACAAGCCUCUGCAAGAGGAAAUCGCCACGCCGCAUAUGCCGAAGCGUGGCAGCUUUUAUUCAAGCAGCACAUUUCACUACGACAAGAUCGUGCCCGAGAGCGUCUAAUUAGCCGACACGACCGCACACAAUAGUUACCGGUCUGUUGACGCGGCUCGAGUUGAUUUAUAACGCGAAUAGUUCGAGUAGUCGAUGAACGAAGUAUAGUUUGUACAAAUCCAAUUGGCCGAGUACAUUGCCGUUCAAACGUUUGGGGUCGCAGAUUACUUGGCCGUGCUGAUCAGUCGGCGGUGUAAGUACUUAUCGAUUCGCAUUUGAAUUUUUCGUUAUCCGUAUUAGAGUGUAGGAUUAUAGGAACGGUGUGUUUGUUCGAGGGGAUCCAGCGACUCCAAACCUUUGAGCGACGCGAUCUUGAUGCACACGCAAUGCACGAAGAUAUUAUACGCGACUUUAUUUCAUUUUAAGAAGCUUUUUGACUUUUUAGACCGGCGCGGUUACUUUUGUUUUCUUUCUUAAUGAAACGGAAAAUUGAAAAAUAUUUGCCACCACCACCACCGAUACUUGCAGGGGUAAAACGGAAGGUUUAUAAAUGUAUUUACUUAUACACGUGGGCAACGCGAACGUGUCGGCGAACCGACAUGUAAGACUCGAUCGAGUUAGCGUGGCUCCAAAGGUUGUAGACGACGAAUCAAGAUAUUUCGCGUGAAAUAUUUCACGAUCCAGCAUCGUGGUAUCGAUAUAUCGUGCCGAUAUCGGAAUCGUCGAUUUUUAAUGGGGAAAACCGGAAUGGAGUCAGAUUAAUUUAAUUAUAAUUGUAUAUUUAAUAGUAAUGCAUAAUUACGUAUCUACUACGUUUACUAUUAAUCAUUGAGGGAAUGCAGCUUUGGGCGCUAGGUUAAUUAGCAUUUCGAAAGAAUAGGAAACGAGUGGAAACAAGAGCAAGCUUCGAUGGAGAAAAACGAUCGGUCGGUAGUAAUAUAUAUAUAUCAAACAUAAUACAUAAGGCUAGCGACUUUCAAUUGCAGUGACCACAACGUCUCGUUCAAGUCAUGAACACACAUAAGUAUUUACACGAUUAAACACCGCAUAUAAUACUAAGAAAACUAACGUGGCCUAGUAUAAGUAGUACAUCUUCGUGUACUAUGUAUUAUACUACAUGCUGUAAAUAAUGUAUAACGUUUUAAUAAAGUUUUCAUUACGGUAUAUGA